AUGGUGGCCCACCUGCUAAGGCUGGCUUUUCUUUUCUUACAAUACACAAUCAGCCAGAGCACUUCUACAACAUAUGGUAAGUCUAGUGUCUUUGGAUUCAUUUGUACUAAUGUGGCAGAUUAGAAAACGUGAAACUAUUUGAGUGAUUGAUGGAAAUAUGGCUUGGCCAGCGUUGAUUAAAAUUUGAAGUUAUCAGGAGAAUUUAUUGAAAUUCCGCCAAACAAAUGUAAAAAUUGAAGAUUCAAAGCGCAGCAUUAAAAAUGGCCUUUUGAAGAACUGGACCAACAUGGACGACAAUGUUUUGUAUAUAAGUCUUUAUGAAGCCAGAAUCUGUAUGCCAGAGAAACUGAAAAAGAAAAAAACUGUGUUUAAGAAUAAGUUUCUGUGACAAUAAAGUGGGACGGCUUACAUUUAAUGUGUAAUAGAGGAAGUCAAAGCAAUACAACACUAUUUCCUACAUGCCACAAACACACCUUUCGAACACCUUUUUUUUUUUUCCGUCACACUAUGACCCAGUUAUGCUCAAAUGCAACUAGAUGCAUUGGGUUGUUGUUAGUAAGUCGGAUUCGUUAACCAUCUGGCUUUCCCCUUUGUAAGGCCAUAGCAAGAAGGAUGUGUUUGAAGACUUACAGUAUGUUUGAAAUGAUGCAGAACAAUAGAAAAAAGGUUAGCUGCACUGAAAGUUUAUUUAUUUAUUUUUUUAUAAUUUACUUUGCACAACUUGAGUCAUGCUAACAAAACAGUGUCAAGAAUUCAUUUAUUCUGCUUUAAAUAUGUGUACUUCUAUUUUUCAAGUUAUGUUUCACGAAGCUAUCAUUGAUUUCUAUUAUCUGUAGAGUCUUAAAAUAGAUCGAACACGGAUGGAAAAUGUGACUGAAAAAACAUUGGGAUUGAUCCAAUUAUCUGUUUUGAAUCACUUAUCAAACUAUCAUGGUGUGUCUGAAGCUCACAGCGUAAUCAAUCCUGUAACUGAACACUGCCAUGGUACACUACACCUCCAUCUCAUUUACCUGCACUUCAUUCCUUUACAUGCAUAUCUGUGUGCGUGUGUGUGUGUGUUUCUCCCUCUACCUGCAGUGAAGAUCAAUCAGAACUGGGAGGUGGUGUACCAGGACACCAGUGUGUAUGGGGUGGUUGGCAGAGCAGUGAUCCUGGAGUGCGGUGCCACUUUACCUGAUAUGUACAUAUGGAGCUUCACCAAGCCGGGCACUGAAGCUAUAAGAGCCGUUGUGUAUGAUCUGGGCAAAGGAACGAGGAUCCAGAAGCUGGCCGAGACGCUCGGGAGGUUCUCAGUCAUCUCAAACAGUGCAGCUGUGAGCAUUGAGAAUCUACUUGUGGCUGCACAUGGCCUGUUCACCUGCCAGGCCUUCUACAACAUCGAAAAAGAGCCCAAGGUUUACUACUACUACGUGCACCUCUUUGUCCGAAGUAAGACUGCACUCUAUCACAACUAAACCUCAAGCGGGGGUACAGCUAAGAGGGUGGGUGUUGGUGGUGGCAUAAGGGGAGACUAGAGAAUAUAGCAAGUUUAUUUGUAAAGUACAUUUCAUUACAGGUAAGCUCAAUGUCCUUCCUAUCAAGGCUGAAAAAAUUAAAAAACCAUAAAUCCAGCAUACUCCAAACACACCACAUAGCAAUCAAACAUUAAAAGCAUAAAGACAAUAACAACCUAGGAAACCCAUCUGCCCAUGUGCCACAGAAUCUGAAGGCCCUGAGACUUUGACCUGAUUCUGGGUACAGUCAACAGUCUCUCACCUGAGCAUCAGUGGUGACGCACCUGUUAUGCGCUCGCGGCCUCGGCUAAUUUCUGUUUGUCCACUGAGUGUCCAUUUGUUACUUGCUCCAUUAAGUUUAAAACUAAGUUCUGUAGGCAAAAGCUUCAUUUGGAUAUGCCAAUCCUUUUAUUCUUAAACAAACUCAAGCGCCAUAAACAAUAAAUUCAACACAAAUCCAGCCACCAGCCUGUGGUCAAAAAACAAAAGGCUUCCUGUGCGAAACACCAGAAGCAAUUAGUGGGCACCUUAAAUGUGCUUCAGUGAUCUCCACAGCGCCACACAGGUAAACUAGAGAAUGGCUCCACCAAUGAGGACAUGUACCUCUCAAACCACAAAUGUAAAUCCAUGUUUGAGGUUAACACUCAUAUUCAUGAUUUUAAAACUGUUCUUGCACUGUGAAGAUUUUUUUUCAAAUUGAGGCUUUGAAGGAAAGAAUGGUGACUGCAAAUACGAAGACAAAUGUCAGAUUGAGUAUGAAAAGUAAAUCCACUCUCAGGCCAAUGUACUGAAUAGAUAGGCCCACUUCAGAUGUGACACAGUUAGCCUCGCUGAAGAUUAAAAAAUAAGCAGUAGAAAGCUUGUCCAGCUGUGUCCGGAGAUUUAAAAAAUGACAAUUUGCACCUCUAAAGCUCUCAUUUUAUUAAGUUCAUCAGAUCUAAACCACUAGAGUAAAAAUAUCAAAGUAUCCUGUGUCAGUUUAGAGGGAAAAGUCAGACUGGAUGGGGUCAUAGCCUUGAAAAAACACUAAUGCCAUGUGGAUCUUCUGUCAGGUUUGGUCGUCUCUACCUGUACAAGUAACAUAUCAGACAGUAGUAUGAUAAUGUUAUGGUCUUGAUAUUUUAGCCGAGGUGAACAAACAUGUCUUUUCUGUUGAAUACAGUCCCAGUUACGAAGCCGUACCUCCUCAUGAGUGAUGCUUCCCCAGUGGAAGGCUCUACAAUGUGGAUGCGCUGCAAUCUGGACAACGGGACUGGACCGAUCCAGUACACGUGGCAACAUGAAACUCGCAGUGGCAACAUCACAACUUUUGCACACAGCAACACCAGCGUUAUCAACGUGACGAAUGUCAACCGUAACCACACUGGCUGGUACCGCUGUGUGGCCAGCAAUGCCGUCAACAGCGAGAGCUCCAACCGGCUACCUCUGGAAACCAUCUGUGAGUACUUUUGGAUGCUUUUUACAUAAAUAAACCAUGGCAGUGAUUAAAGAUUUAUACACCCAAAAAGCAAGAAUUUCUCAUGAGUACUUAAAACUUUUAUUCCUAGAUGUGUUUUUGUCCUUUGCUUUUGUUUCCUUCUAAAACAUUUAAUGUGAAUAACUAGUAAACCUCCAACAUCAUAUCAUCAUUUAUUUUCUUUGUAAGCAGAAAUUGACUCACAUUGAACAAUAAUUUAUUCAAAUACAUGGGUGACAAUGUCAUGAAAAACGACUAAAGUUUUGCCACCACAAAAUGGACUGCAGGUGAAAUUAUCUCAUUUAGUGGUAAGGGUUAUUGUUUACAUUUUUAACUACACUGCACAGUGCAAACAUGUGGACAACAUCACAUCUGUAUUUCUAAAAACAGCUCAUAAAUAUACCACACACAUUGCAAUAGUAACAAAUUCUCUCUAAGGUAAUUGAUGGCUAUCAAGAGAACUGUGGGAUGUUUAUUAAUACAGCUUUUCUUUCCCUCUCGUCCUCAGUCGGCCCUGACAUUCCUCAGAUAGACGUGUCUCCGUACACAAUAACAGAGCGGGGUUAUUCUGCCAUGGAGCGAGAGACUGUUUCUUUGCUUUGUCAAGCCCAGUCCAACCCGGCCAGUCAAUACGUCUGGUUUCACAACAACUCCCAGGUCUACGCCGGGCCUCAUUACACCAUCACCAAGAUCUUCCGAAUGCACACCGGGGACUAUGCUUGCUUGGCACAGAACACCUACCUCAACACCCGCUCCAAAAAAACCAUCAGCCUGACUGUCUACUGUGAGUGUGACCUCUGACCUCUCACCUUAGCCAGUGGCAUCGGUCCUCCUGUUCCAUCUAAAUCUCAUUAAUCAGUCUCAAACUGUGUUCCUCUGUCUUGGUGCUGCAAAUGGCACUGACCCAGAUUCAGGUUUGACAUUUAAAGAACAAGACUAGGGGAACACAAAUGGAGUGGCUCUUAAUCACCUUUGAAUUUUCAUCUUUAUUUACACUUAAUCUGCCACUGAAAUAACACUUCCUGAACUUCCCGAUUUAACCUGUCCUAUUUUAAGUGUUAAACCAACACCUACCUAUCUCUCUCUCUCUCCACUCAGUGCAUCAACUCUAAAAUUUCUCAUUCUCCUGAUACUCGUUUACAUCAGGACCAAGAGUUAACACUUACACAUCUGUCAUACACUCACACACAUGCACACACACAGCAGAGGGUGGAAGUGCUGCAGACCAAUUCUCCUGCACGUCCAGGCUGUCUGGGAAGUUGAUUGGAUUCUCUGGAAGGUACCUCGCUGUGAUUUCACAGCCAUGGCAAGUGUUGAUUGGCUAGAAAGCCGAAUGCUUGCCAUUAUGCUCUUCUGUUUAUCUAUGCUUCAUUUAUGGAUUUCUGUCAAUCAUUCAAAUCAUUCAGAGAAACAAAUACACAACAGAAUUGUGUAAUUUCACCAAAGGAAGUUUCUCAUAAGACAAACGAUUUAAUAAGACACAGAUUCCCUCGUGUUUAAUUUUGGUAAGAUGGUUUAUACCAGCAACCUGACGACUCUCGUUCUUCAGGUACUUUCUCUGGCCCUGAUGGUCCUGUGUUAACUUCUCUUUACAAAUCUCUGCUUUGUUACACUGUGUCCUAUCCCCACAGACCCACCUGACGGCUCUCCAUCCUGCUCUGUUGAGCCAGCUCUGAACCAUACCUCUCUGAGACUGCUCUGCUCCUGGCCUGGUGGAUUCCCCUCCCCCUCCCUCCUCUGGACCGGAGACCUGAAACGACUGGCUCAAAAUGACUCAGACACAGGGCAGCAGACAAAUUCUCAGACCAGCACUGCCCUCUUGCUGCGGUCUGAGGACUUGACUGCCAACAACAGUUUGUUCACAUGCGUCGGCUCGCACAUAGCUCUUAAACAAUCUUUAGAGUGCAGCACACGCUCAUGUAAGAAACAUUUACCCUCACGUUUUUUAAUUCUGUCUCUCCAAACCUUUCUCUUUUUAAUUCACUUGAACCUCUUUCCCACCAGACAUCCCCCCAGCAGAGCCAGUGUGUUUUGCCUAUGUGACUAACAAUAAAAAGUAUCUGCUGUUGUCCUGUUCCUGGGAUGGAGGUACCCCAAAGGCCUUAGUGUGGUGGGAGGGCCCAGGGGGUCAGGGCAAAGGCGGGGAGGAAAACUCCAACAUCCUGAUCCUACGCUAUGGCAGCGCUCAAGGUGGAUUACCCUACACCUGCCAUGCUAAGCAUCCUCUACUUGCACAAACCAAGACCUGCAGGCUCACACUUGGUCAGUGAACAUCACCCAAUGAUCCCAAACACAAACAAAAACAGCUGUAAUUUGUUAAUCUACCCAUAAUUACAUUGUUGUCUGCAGAGGCUCCUGUGUUGCUGACACAGAGGAAAGUUGUGUCUGUGUAUGAAGGGAGUGAUGUCCAGCUCACCUGCAAUCUGAGGGCCAACUACCUUCCUGCUAGUGAGAUCACCUGGUUCAACAAUCAGGGUGUGGACGUCAAGGACACUUUAAAGUACAGGCUGCUACGAACAUCUGCAUGGGCCAACCUGACUGUAAGAGACACGCAUGAGGGUCAAGACAGCGGCGAGUACAGAUGCUCUACUUCCAACGCAGUGGGGGGAACUGACAUCAAUGUUACUUUAGUGGUCAAAAGUAAGAAAUUUGGUUUUUAUUUUUUCACUUUUUAUUUUCCUGCUUAUGCUUUUCUCAGUGAUUGCUCUACAUUUUGAGACAUCUGUGCAAAAAGUGAGAUAAGAGGAUUCAUACCUCUCUCAUGUCUGGAUCAAAGUGUAGUCAGCAGGCCAUCAGAUGAGCUCCUGAAACCAGGGACCAUUGCAAGCCCUCUGUAGUGGGUUAAGUUGAGCCACCUCCUGCUGGUAAAAGAAAUUGAUCAUGUGACCAAAUAUUUAGGAGAUGGGCAUCAAUUCAUGGAGUCUGUGAAGGUUAGAAGCACAUGGGUGAAGGGGUUAGACAUUUAUUUCUAAAAAAAAAAAAGAAACAUUUUUCACUCUUGAAAGUGAAUUUAGUCUGUCAUAAGUUUUAUUAGAAUUGUGUUCAGACCAAGAAAAAUCAUUUAAAUUUUGUUUUAUACAUCAAUUGUGGUAUCUAUGAGCUACAACACGAGGUCAAAAUAAAAGUAAAAGUCCACCAUUUUAGCUUAGAGGACUAAUAAAGUCAUAAUCAUAGUUCUGUGUAAGUUGAGCCAUUUGGCCAAAAAUACAUCUGUGAAUGUUCUGGAUCACUUAAAGACAUUCUCAUGUUAAAAUAGUAGCGAUAUGGCUCAACUUAGCCCAUACACGUGGUAAGUUGACCAUAGGAGACCACUUUUUUUGCAUGCUAUAUUAUCAAGACAGUUAUGUUUACACUCAUUCUGUUGGUUUGCAGGGAUGUACAACAUCUUGAAAUAUUUGCAGAUACACUAGUUAGAAACAAAACUAUGAUUGCCUCGAUGUAGUGAUCCGAAAUAUGAAAAAUGGCUCAUCUUACCCCACUCUCCCCUACCGGGCAACAUUUGAAAAUAUUAGGUGUUAGUUGAAAUUAUUUAUCUGAUCUGGAUGAGGAGAUAUAAUGUAAUAUGGAGACUGAAAUACCUGUAGAUCACAAAUGCAGUAACACCACAGUAUUUCUGUUUUUAAUUUGUUAGGACACCCCAUGCCACCCAAUGCGACCCUGAUAAAGGUGGCGUACAACAGCCGACACCGUAAUGAAGUGGAGCUAGAGUGGCAGGUAGAGGGUGAGGAAGAAAGAGGCUGGACAGGUUUCAUCCUGGAGCACCGAUGGAUGUCAGAGCGACCGGGGAGGAGAGUCAGCAACAAUGACUCAAAGAAGGAGAUGGAGGAGGAGGAGGAGGAGAGGAUUGGUCCACCGGUCUGGUACCGUAACAUCAUCCAGGACCCAGAAGUUAGAAGUCAGACAGUAGGAAAACUUACCCCGACCGCAACCUACCAGUUCCGCAUCACACCUGUCAACCACCGCACCAUAGGACACCCCUCUACAGCAAAGUCUCCAGGUACAGCAAGUGAUUCAAGUGCGGACAGAGUGGUCGGGUGAGGACUUUUGUAGAGGACUGAGCAGAGACAGGGAUUAAAGUCAGUUUUGAUGAGCUAUAUAUGACAGAGUUUUAGAGAAAAUCAGGAGAAUUAAACAAUCAUGUCAAAUGUGACAGUGGCUUAUAAAUUAGCUGGUUAUUGAAAUUAUGUUGAUGUUGCUAACAUUUUUGUUUUUUCUUUUUUUGUUUUCUACGUAGGUGAAAGACAUACACAAACUCAAAACAUGCACACAAUAACAAUCACACACUUUACACCGUGCACUCACCUUCUCUUGGCCUCCUUCCAUGCCUGCUCCUUACCUUUACCCUGACUUGCUCUUUGUCCUUCUUCUCAUAAGUUGUCUUUGUUAAGUGUGCCAAGUCCAUUCAGAUGUGACACCUAAACCAGGUUAUUGUUGAGAGUGUAGAAAGGCUUAAACGUCAGGUGACAGGUUAGGAACGGUUGGUGGUUUUCAACCCAUGUGCUGUCAAAGAAGUAAACAAAAGUCCAGUGGGAUUUAGUGUGAAAAAAAAGCACAAGUUGCUGACCUGCAGCAACAAAGACUAGCAAGGGGUAAAAAAGAAAAAAUAAGUCAGCUACAGAUGAGAGCCACUUGUUUUAAAAAAGAAGACCAAGAUCAGCAAACAUGGGUUGAGAACCACAAAACUGAGUUGUGAAAUAUCACCCACUUGUCUGUGUUUUUGUCGCAGAUGUAUUAUUUUGCAAUAUGUAACUGUGAUGUGUUGCAGCGGAACCUCGCUCCAACGUGCUGCCGGCUGUGAUCGGAGCAGCUUUUGGUGGGAUGCUCCUGGCAGCUUUCCUCACGGUGCUGCUACUCGUCUUCAUAAUCCGCAACCGCAACAACAAUCCACGUGAGUCCCAUAGAUGAGCGCAUUCAUCCUAAUAGAGCGAUCCACUGUCUUUGCCGUUGUUCCACAAAUCUUCAUUCAUUUUUUCAUGUUUUGUCCUCUAGGACUACAUGACUUGUUGUUUGGUUCGUGAGUAUCAGUGUUGAGUUUAUAUUUUACACAUCAGCACAUCAGUUUAUGAAAAUGUGCACAAAAAUGACGGUUCCUCUCAUGUGUUCAGGCAGCACAGUCAGUCCAGGGAAAAUAUCAACUUCCCGGAGGAUGAAGUGGUGGCUGAAUCAGAAGGAGGAAUUGAAGAAACUGGUGGUUCUUCAAGUCCAGGUAAGAUCAACCCUUAUGAAAUAUACAUGUACAGUGAUGCAGUUCUUACGAUGAGAAAUAAAUGAUAUUAACUUAAUUUGACAUAAAUAUCUAGAUUUUUUUGUCAAACAUGCAAUAUUAUUACUUUGUGUGUUUGUGUGAGUAGAUGGUAGUAUGUCCCCUGUUUUCAGUUUAAGAUUGCUCUGUUUGAUGAUUCACAUUAGUUGAGCUUCACUUGGUAUUUCAAAGCUCAGUUAUGCAGUUAUUCUGAAAGUCCAUUAUUUCCAAACCUGAGUGGAGUACAACCUCUCACUGUUUGGAAAGCCAUUGUUGUGACAGUCUGUGAACUCCGAGUCAAUAACUGGAAAUCAUUAAUCAUGUUUGUCUCUUCUGAAUGUAAAUGAUUGGUUACUUGACAGUUUUGUCUGUGGGUGAGGAUGAAUCACUGACGGGUGCCUCUAUAGACAAUCGCUCAUUUAUACUUGUGAGGUCUCUUAUCAAACUAUUAAUGCAAUUCUGAGCUAAUUACACUCGCCCUAACUUAAAACUAGACAUCUAUAUUAGCCUACAGAGAGUUUUUGCUUCAGAAUUAGGGAAAAUGAAGUCCCCAUUAAAUCACAGACAUAGUGAAUGUUCGCAGUGAACCACACCGCAGCCACGAUGUAGCAGACUUAGAAAUUAAUGCCAUUACCUCACUGCAACCUUAUCAAACUUAAAAAACAUGCACUUAUAUAUUUUCCUCUCCUUGGAAAAAUAUCCAGCUGUUCUUCUCUUUCAGGUCCAGCCAUGGCUUUACCACGGGCAUCCUCACCACUCCCCACAGCACAAGCCCCUCUCCCCGGGGGGGACAAUGAGCCUGUUAAUGUCACCAUCACUGUGCAGGCUACAGGCUCAUAG